GGAAAUCCAACGCCUCUCCUCUCCUCCUCACUCCCUGUCAGAUUAGAGUUUAAUCUGAGGGGGGAGGAUACACUGACAAGACGCUGUCUGCAUCUUGGAAGGACUCUCGGUGUUUUUUCUCCAUACCAAGUGACGUUUAACGCGACUUUCCGUGAGACUGUUAUUUUUCUACAAUAAACGGCCUGCACGUAGAAGAUGAAAAGACAGUUUUCCGGAGCUGUCUUUGCCCGUCCGCCGAUUUGCCGACACGUUAAAAUGUUAGCUGGCUAACUAGCUGAAAAAAGAGUAACUAAAUCGGAUUAGUUGACUACGGCGGCCUCCCUCCAGGUAUUAUUAGUACUUGCCUACUAUUGCACAGCAGACGCUCGCCUCUUGUUAUUUUCUUUCAUGUGUGUUACAUUUCCCCAUUUCUUUGGUCAACAUUACUACUUUGUGCUGUAAUUAUUAGCUAGCAUUAAUGUUGCCGCAAGCUAGCUAGCUAAUCAGCCAGUUUACCCACGGCAAGAGCUCGAGCUCUUUUUCGCGAGCUAAUCUUUACCAUUUAGUUGGAAAGGGGGCAAAACCAUACGCGUUAGAGCCUCCGACCACAACCGAAAAUUGUCGAGACGGAGCGGCAGUCCACCACCAGGCGGAUGUGCUAGCUUGUCUCCGGGCCAGCUGGCAAGAGGAGCUGCUCGAGAUUUGAACCCCACGAAAUUAGCCCCUCAGACGAAGCAAAGAUGUCAGGGAAGGAUAAGGACAAAGACAAACCGGAGAAACAGUCCACAACGGAGCGGCUGGUUAAAGCUGUGCCAUACCCUCCGCAACACAAGCUGACGGUGAAGGAGCUGUAUGAAAGCGGCAAGCCCAACGCCGAGCUGCUCCGCAACCACCUUGUCAAAGAGGGCCGGGUGGAAGAGGAAGUGGCUCUGAAGAUCAUCAACGACGGGGCCAACAUCCUCCGCCAGGAGAAGUGCAUGCUGGAAGUGGAUGCACCGAUAACAGUAUGUGGCGAUGUCCAUGGACAAUUCUUUGACCUUAUGAAGUUGUUUGAAGUGGGGGGAUCCCCCAGCAACACACGGUAUCUCUUCCUCGGUGACUACGUAGAUCGAGGAUACUUCAGUAUUGAGUGUGUUCUCUACCUCUGGUCGCUCAAGAUCAACCACCCCAGCACACUCUUCCUCCUGCGUGGGAACCACGAGUGCCGACACCUCACAGAGUACUUCACCUUCAAACAGGAAUGUAAAAUCAAAUACUCAGAGCGGGUGUACGACGCCUGCAUGGAGGCCUUUGACUGUCUGCCCCUCGCCGCCCUGCUCAACCAACAGUUCCUAUGUGUGCACGGUGGACUCUCACCAGAAAUCAACUGCCUAGACGACAUAAGGAAAUUAGACAGGUUUAAGGAGCCUCCGGCAUUCGGGCCCAUGUGUGACCUGAUCUGGGCCGACCCCGGCGAGGACUACGGCAGCGAAAAGACAAGCGAACACUUCAACCAUAACUCCGUCAGAGGCUGCUCUUACUUUUUCAGUUACUCAGCCGUCUGUGACUUUUUGGUAAAUAAUAACUUGCUGUCAGUAAUAAGAGCCCAUGAAGCACAGGAUGCAGGGUAUCGGAUGUACAGAAAAAGCCAGACCACAGGCUUCCCUUCAUUAAUCACAAUCUUCUCCGCACCAAAUUACCUAGACGUGUACAACAACAAAGGUUUCUGUCCUUAUUUCCCGUUUCUUUUCGUAUUUACCAGGCUUCAGUCCUUGAAUAUCUCUCUCCCUCUGUCCAUCCCAGCUGCUGUACUAAAGUACGAGAACAACGUGAUGAACAUCCGACAGUUCAACUGCUCUCCCCACCCUUACUGGCUGCCCAACUUCAUGGAUGUCUUCACAUGGUCUUUGCCUUUUGUUGGAGAAAAAGUGACAGAGAUGCUGGUGAAUGUACUGAACAUCUGCUCUGACGACGAGCUCAUGUCAGAGGGAGAUGACCUCUAUGAAGGUGGAACCUCAGCGAUGCGCAAGGAAGUCAUCCGGAACAAGAUCCGCGCUGUGGGGAAGAUGGCCCGAGUCUUCGCAGUCCUUAGGGAGGAGAGCGAGAAUGUGCUCACGCUCAAAGGCCUCACCCCAACUGGAACUCUUCCCGUAGGAGUGUUGUCGGGGGGGAAGCAGACCUUGCAGACUGCUACGAUUGAGGCAGCUAAAGCACAAGCCAUUCAAGGCUUCUCUCCCACGAGGAAGAUUCGUAACUUCGAGGAGGCACGCGGCUUGGACAGGAUAAACGAGCGGAUGCCGCCGCGCAAAGACGGCCAGCAGCCAGACGGCACCACGAUCAACACCAACACCCCGAACAAGAAUGGCACUGACGGAUAGGCGACAGAAACACCACCCUCCCGUCUUCACGCAGCCCACGUCCCCGACUCACUCGCAGCCCCUUAACCGCUCCCUCUCUCUUUUUGUCCCCCCUCCCUCUGUCUCCUCUGCUGACACUGCCUGUCCAGAGAAAGGAAGCGGACACAUCGGUAGAUACAAACGAAAGGAGGCCACAGCGCUGGGGGAAAAAAUCUUAUGUGUUCUCCGGGGAAAUAAUAUUUAUUGAAUAAAAUAAUGAUUUAGAUAUAUUGUUUAAAAGCAACAAAUCAUUCAAUGAAGACAUUUUGCAGUUUAAAUGAAGUCCUAAUUUAUACAUGUCAAAAUUAAAAUAAACUAAAAAUAUUAUUUUAUAAACUUGAGUUUAUACAGAUAGAUGCAGCCUUUGUUAUCCAGGAGUUCUAGUCACUUUAAGAUUUUUUUUUUUAUUAUUGUUCUUUGGUAAGGGAGAAUUUGAAGUGCAAAUACUGUAGACUCAACGGCCUCGUUUGGAUCUGGCAAGGUUCUUGUCAAGACGUUUUUGGCCCAUGAGGUUCUACACGCAGUGCAGUGUUUGCUUAUAUGUGCGUAAGUCGAAACAAAAAGGAUGCAUGUGUUGAUAGGUGAAAAAAGAAUAAGGGAAGUAAAUUAUAUCAGGACAAUCAUUACAAAUUCAUAUUUUGUACUUGAAGCAGAAAUUCAAUGAAGACUUGUAGUCCUAUUUAUAAACUUUCCACAAAACUUUGAUGAAUCCCAAAAGAUGCUGAUAAGAUUUUUUGUUCAAUAUUUUGCCCGCUUCCAGAGUAUUUUCUUCCUGUAUUAUAAUUUGUGAAUCAAACAUUCACAAAAUCCUUCAAUAAAGUGAAGGGUUAAUGCUUCGUGUGCAAUGGUAGUUGCUUUGCUGGCUUUUGCAUGCUGGUUAUGACUUGUAUACACUUUAAUGGAAACUGGGAUGUUCUCGCUCUGCUAAACCAAAAAAAAAAAAAAAAAAAGAGAUAUACAGUAUAGCGUGUCUUAUUCUAUCAACACAACCAAGACCUGCCAAUACUCCCAUGUCCCGGUCGGAAGCACAGAAGUUAAGCCCAACUCUCCUGGGUUGAGCACGUUAAACCAAAACCGGCAAAAAGUUUUUCUUUUCAGUUGUCAUUUUUUGACAAAAGAGGACAUGUUUCCUCAGAAAGCAGAGGAGCUGUGGGCUGCGCUGCCCUCAGACACAGACUUUAUACUUAUUAUUGUUAAGGGAACUUCAGUGUGUUUAACAGAGUUUUGUCAGUAUGAUUUGUGUUUUAUUUUUGGACACUUAACAAAAAAAAAAAAAAAAACAGGUGCUUUGGGGGCUUUUUCUUCUUUUUUUCUAAAGCUGUAUCAGUAUCUCCAUCUACUGUUUAUUAUACUGAAUGCAGAUGUUAUUUUGAAUUGUGACAACAGGGAUACGUUUGACAUGCAGUGAAGUGACAGCUCUUUGAGACGCUGUGCCCAGACACAAUGGACUGAGUCAUCCCCCGGCAGGGAUGAUCCUAUAAGAGGUACCGCCGCCACACUAACAGCUGUCUGUCAAGGCCUACAGAGUACUGUAAUCAUCUCAACCACGCUGACUCAUACAUACAGGAUAUAUGAUUUGUACAACCCCGUGGUGGCCCCAUGAUGGGGGACAAUUAAAGCUUGCUGGUGUGCUCAAUCCUCUCUGCUCCGAAGUGUUCAGCCAUCAGCCUCCGCUCCUCCUCACACGCACUCCCAACCCUUUAAGACGUGCUUUCACUGAGACACACGACCAACUCAACCGGUGCUUCGACACACCUGACUGUAAUUCUGUUCUCUUUUUGUCAUCCAAAAAGAAAAGGUGGGGAAAUACCUGUUAAGAUUUGCCAUUCUCUUGUGAUUUUUUUCUUUUUUUUUUUAAUGAGGCUUUUACGCCCAUGUGCCAUGCCACCUUGGCCACACAUGUCAAGAUCUGCAUGUGUGUGGAUGGCGAGACUUUUUAUGUCGCACAUGAUUUUUAAAGAUUCAAUGUCAGUAAUAUUAAUCUUGAUAUCCUUAAAAUUUGCAAAAUAUUGUUGUUUGCCGUUCCGUUCAGUAGGCUUCUGGGAAAGCUCCCUUAAUAUUUCAGUAUUUGGGUUUUGUUUAAAGUUGAGGCUUUAUUGGGUGAGCCGUACAGUAUGCUGACCUCCUGUUAGGUCCUAUUACAUAUCUCGCAGAAUGUAAAAAAAAUAUUGUUCAUUAAGAAUCUUAUAAUAGCUGUAAAAAGGGGUGGAAACAAAAAAAACUGUACCGUAUUUGUCAUGCGAGGCCAUGAAAUCUUUUACGUAGAUGUAUCACUUAAAAUAAUAAAA